AGACGUGAGCGCGUCGAGCGUGAGCGUCGUGAGAGACGACUGAAGCAGGACGUAGUGACAGCCCACAGCAAGCUCCUAGACGGAAUAAAAGUGCGAAAUGUUAAGAAGUGGUCCCUGGACGACGAUGAUGAAGAUGAUAUUCCCUCACCUCCCUCCGCUGUUAAAGAUGACCUAUCGGUUCCAUCUAAUGAUACAGAGAAACAGGAAGAGGAGGAAGAAAUCGACCCUCUUGACGCCUAUAUGCAGAUUACAGGUGUUGCUAUUAUUCGCAUUAGCACUAACGAGUACGUUGACUAUCACUUUGGUUCGGGCAAGGUGCUGAAACCGAAUGGUUAUUCUAAACGCUACUAUUUAUUGACAAUUGCCUUGUUUUCUCAUACCAAGGAGGUAAGCAAAGAGGCUCAUCAGCAAGUGGAUGACAUUAUCCCUCCACCCCAACUUGUUCAAACGCCUGCGGGUCUUAUCCAAGCUCCCGGACUUGUUGUCAAUCCUCAGUUAGGAUCAGGCAAUGUUUCAUCCACAGAUAAUCAAGAACCUUCAAAACCUCAGAAAAAGGUUGGCAGAGGUGAACUAAUACUGGAUGAAGAUGAACAGGACGAAGAUAUGUCCUAUUAUCCUGAACCAGAGGAACGUAUAACCAUCGCAGAUGCUCUUGCACAACUUCAAAAGCGUGAGAAGUUGGGUGCGGUUGACCACAGCAAGAUUGACUACCAACCUUUUACAAAGAACUUCUAUGUCGAGGUUCCAGAAAUCGCAAAAAUGACCAAAGAGCAGGUCAAGCAGUAUCGUCGAGAGUUAGAGAAUGUUCAUUGCAAUGGCAAAGAUUGUCCUAAACCUAUCAAAACAUGGGUCCAAGCGGGCGUAUCAUCUCGUCUACUAAACUGUCUUAAGAGGAGUGGAUUUGAGAAACCAACACCAAUUCAAUGUCAAGCCCUGCCUGUUAUCAUGUCAGGUCGUGAUAUGAUUGGCAUCGCCAAAACAGGGAGCGGUAAAACGCUCGCUUUCCUCGUUCCCAUGGUUCGUCAUUUGGAACAUCAGGCACCUCUAGAAAACGGAGAUGGCCCAAUUGCCCUUCUGUUAACCCCAACUCGUGAACUGGCGCUCCAGAUAUAUAAAGAAGCUAAGCGGCUAGGUCAAACCUGUGGUUUCCGUUGUGUAUGUGUCUAUGGAGGUACUGGAAUUUCUGAACAGAUUGCAGAUCUGAAACGUGGUGCUGAGGUCAUUGUAUGCACUCCUGGUCGAAUGAUUGAUAUGCUGGCAGCUAACGGUGGCCGAGUUACUAACUUGAGACGCACUACUUAUGUUGUGCUUGAUGAGGCCGACAGAAUGUUCGAUCUGGGAUUUGAGCCCCAAGUGAUGCGAAUUGUGGACAAUUGCAGACCCGAUAGACAGACUGUCAUGUUUUCGGCUACUUUUCCAAGACAGAUGGAAGUGUUGGCUAGAAAAGCGCUUACUUCACCGAUUGAGAUUCAGGUUGGAGGCAGAUCGGUUGUGUGCUCUGACGUCACUCAGAAAGUGGCUGUACUUCAAAAUGAGGAAGAAAAGGUGAUGAAACUUCUGGAACUCCUCGGUGUUUAUCAAGAGGAGGGUUCAGUCCUUGUGUUUGUAGAGAAACAAGAGAGCGCUGAUGAACUGAUGCGAGUGCUCAUGAAUUACGGUUAUCCUUGUCUCUCACUUCAUGGUGGUAUUGAUCAAUACGAUCGAGAUUCUGUCAUCACUGAUUUCAAGAAGGGCAACAUUCGUCUCCUCAUUGCCACUUCUGUUGCUGCUCGUGGUUUGGAUGUCAAUGAUUUGGUGUUGGUGGUCAAUUACGAUUGCCCUAAUCACUAUGAAGACUAUGUUCACCGUUGUGGUCGAACAGGUCGUGCUGGCAAGAAGGGUACCGCCUACACAUUUAUCACACCAGAUCAAGAGAAGAACUCCUUGGACUUGGUUAAAGCUUUCAAUGUCAGUGGUCAGAUGGUUCCUGAGGAUCUUUACCUCAUGUUCAAUGCUUACAAGGAGCGUAUGAUGAUGGAGGGCAAAAAGGUCUACAGCGGUGGGAACUCCGGUUUCCGUGGCAAAGGCUUCCGUUUCGACGAGGUGGAAGCCCAAAUGGCUAAUGACAAGAAACGCUUUGCUCGAGCUGCUCUUGGACUGGAGGAUUCUGAUGAUGAAGGAGAUGGAGCUGGCGAGACUGGUGUCGAUUGGGACAGUAAGAUCGAGAACAUGUUCAGUUCCAAACGCAAAGUGAUUGACGUUGCUAAAUCCACAAUUGUUGGUCAGAGUGGAGAUGGUGGUAGUUCUAAUGAGCCUUUGGAUCCCAAGAUCGCUGCCCAAUUGGAGCUAGCUCGGUUUAAAGCAAAUCAAGUAGCCCUGCGAGGUGGUUUGUCUGCGAUUGCGAAAUCAGGAGUUGGUUCAACGCCAAGUGCCAGCAGAACAGCUGCUGAAUUGGCCGCUGAACGUUUGAAUGCCAAAUUGGGCUACUCUAAGUCGUCUUCAAAUAACCCAGACUCUGAUGACGAGGGUAAUGGCAACUCUGGGGCUCCUUCUGGUGAUUUUGUUAGAAGAUACGAAGAGGAGUUGGAUAUCAAUGAUUUUCCCCAGAAUGUGCGUUGGCGCAUCACCGGUCGUGAGAUGCUGACCCAUCUGAAUGAGUAUUGUGAUGUGGGUGUCUCAGUUCGUGGUAUCUAUAUUCCUCCCGGGAAAUCGGGACCGCCGCCAGGUACCGCUGAUUCGGCUGACGAGCGACCCCUCUACUUGUGUCUGGAGGCUAACAACGAACGCUCCAUUCAGAUGGCCAAGACAGAGAUUAUGCGUAUAAUCAAGGAAGAGCUUAUCAAACUGGUAGGUCUUUUUAAGGCGUGCCUUUUUUAUCUUUUUUGCUCUUGUUAG